AUGUUACGAAAGAGGUUACUAAAGUUUAAGAGAUCGAGGGGCUGUAACAGAGCACGAAACCUAACUGACUUAGUUAUUCUGCAAUGGACAACAGGGGUUCAAUCUCGCAGAGAUACUACCAAGUUCAAGAGAUAUGAUUCUUGUCAUUGUGAAUUGAGCCUUAAUUCUUAUUCAGUAAGAGUAUACUUAUACUAUUAUUAUACUAUACUUUACUAUACUUAUACCGUUACUAUUCAAAAUUAUAAAACGCACUAAAAUAAAAGAGUUUACCCUAUAUAAACUAUAAUAGUCAGUUGAGUCAGUCACUUUAGUUUGAAAUAUUUAACUUAAAUUAAGUGAAGUGGCUAACUAUAGAUAGACUGUACUUAGACUAUAAUAGACUAUAGACUUUAAAUAGGGAACCAUGUCCCAGAAGUGAGAGGUAGGUAGGGAUUUAAAAAUAUUAAAAGUAAUAUUGUUGGGUUGUAUGACAAAAUUUGGUAUUAAAUGAUAGAUAAUUGAAUGGACUACAGACUAUAUGUUUGUUACAGUUUGUAAACUUACUUCUUCUUCUUCUUCUUCUAUAUCUUAAGGGCCCACGAUCAAUUUAUUGAUCAUUUUGGCUCCUAUGCAUGUAGAUGGGAUUUGCAAUGUUUCUGUUACUGGUGGUGAUGAGGAAAUUAUGCACUAGGGGUUUGAAGGCUUGGGGCAAUAGACACAAAUGUGUCUAGUGUUGUCGCCUCAACUGUUAGUACAAACCCCGAAAUCACAUAAUUAGCUAAACAUUUUGAAGACAGUGACUUUUGGCUCAUCCUUUGACCAGCAAUGGUGACAUUUUAGAUUAUAAAUCACAGUUUGUUGAGGAUUUACUUGACUGAUAAUGUCAAAGUCAAAGAAAUAUUCCUCAUUAAAAAAACAUGUACACUAAUCCCAUCUAACCGGAAGUAUCUUCACUUGACGAUGGAUACAGUUCUUAAGAGAUUUUUGCAUCAUAUUUCCUUCAUCCCCUUGUCAAAGAGGAAAAACUGAGUUUUAGGGGUUAAGGCUUAAAAUUUGAUUGAACGUGUUGUCAUCGGCUUUAAGUCUAUGUGGCAAAAUUCAGCUCGAUAGGUUGACGUGAAGUGAGUCAAUUAGGCGCACACGAUGCUUUUUACCACACACCCAGGCAGAAAGAAAGAAACAUACGUAGAAAAGCGAAGUUAAUAUAAAGGCUUUAAAGUAUUUUGCAAACGUUUGUACUGGGUUGAGCCAUGUCCUUCCAGUUAAGACUGCCACAUGUUUCACCAGACGGGUAACAUGUCAGGUGUGGGAGAUAGCUUGUUAUAUCGAUGUUCUUUAUUUUGUUUGGUGCACAGGGGACGUUGGCAUGGCGACGUCGUGGUUCACGUCUUUGGGAAACUACGUCAGAAGGACAAAGAUGCAUUCUGGGCCAAUUUGGGAAAGCUCUGCCGCAUACGUCACGAAAAUAUCAUUCUGUUCAUGGCGGCUUGCACUAGCCAGCCCAACCUGGCAGUUGUCACCUGGUGAGAAUGUCAAUAUACGUCAUGAAUGUGCAAUUAGUUCAACUCAUUGGCAAGCACACCUUUUGAGAUUAUUUAAUUUUUUUAAUUGUAACAAAGAUAUCGCUUUUAAUUUUUCAAAAUAUUUGGCAAAUCUAAUCAAGAUGUAGAAAGACCUCUUAGACGUGCGUAAGUUGUUUGUGUUUUACUAAAGAGUUCUAAGUUGUGAAGCGGUAAAAUUUGAUGCUUAGAUCGCUGUUUUUAGUUUGUAGUACGGGACGGCAGACCUGUACAUUUGAACUAUUAAGGGUAUAACAAUAGAGACGGCGUUCAUGGUUAUUUUGAAUUAUCUGUGAUUUCUCCCACGUCUUCUAUUAAGCAUGUUUACUUACAGGAUUUAUCUGAGUUGUUUUAUAUCUCCUCCUUGGAGCGUUUACGGUAUAUGUCACCAUACGAUAUCAUUAUUGUCCUAAGAGACUUCAGUAAGGACCGUCCCUCACACCAACCACACAGCGUCCACCCACACCCCAUUGCUGAGAAUUGAAUGUGCAUGUCGUGUGUGUGUGUGUGUGUGUGUGUGUGUGUGUGUGUGUGUGUGUAUGUGUGUGUGUGUGUGUGUGGUGAGUGUUCUGUUAUAAUAACAUGUCCGAGACUCACGUCUUCUCUCUCUCUCCACAAGGGAACUCACUAGGUAUUCCUGUAGCGGUUUAGGACAAAGCGUGCUGCUCGUCGCUGGACCGCCUCCAACCUGUCAAUGCUCUUCUGGGUAAAUGGGUCCCAGACUGAAGAUGCAUAAUCUAAAAUCGGACGGAUAAAUGCUUUAUAUGCUCUUUCUUUCACACAGGAGUUGCCAAUCUUUAGAUUUCGCCUUAAGAACCCUAGGGUCUUGUUUGCUUGGUUACAUACAUUGUUAAUAUGUUCAUCCCAUCGGACCUCUCUUUGAAUGGUAACACCCAGGUACUUUACGGAGGAAACUUGCUCAAGAAUAUGGCCGUGCAGUUUGUAUUGGUAGUGUAGAGGAGUACAACUUCUAGUGAUUGAUAGUGUCUGGCACUUGGCAGGGUGAAAUUCCAUGUCCCAGCUCAUCUCCCACUCAGCUAACAGAUUGAGAUCCUGUUGCAGCUGGUCCUGGUCAGAUCUAUUGGCGAUCGUCCUAUACACUGCUGUGUCAUCUGCGAACAGUCUUGCCUGUGAUGCCAGUUUCUCCGGUAGGUCAUUAAUGUAUGCUAGGAACAAACAGGGGCCCAGGACUGAUCCCUGGGGGACCCCUGACUUCACAUUGACAAAGGAGGAGAUUGUACCGCCCACCACUACUGCUUGGCGUCGGUGGCUGAGGAAGCUAGAGAUCCAUGUUUUAGUGGUGCCUUGAAUCCCAUAUAUCUGGAGUUUGUGUAGAAGCAAACUAUGAUUCACACUUCUUCAGUGUAAUUAAAAUAAACUACCACAAAUGACAUCCGAAUACACCAAAGUACCAAAGAGCAUUUCAUAAGGACCCGGGUCCCAAUAGCGGCUAUGUCUGGGUCAGUUUAGACUAAAUUUAAAUGCUAAUCGGAUGUCAUUUGUGGUAGUUUAUUUUAGUCUAACUGAAGAAGUAAGUUUACAAAAAUACAGUCCAUUCUAUUAAAUUAUCUUUCAUUUGAUACCUAAUUUUGUCUUACAAAUCCUACAAUAAUAUUUUUUUAAUAAACCCAAACUCCCACUUCUGAUACCCGGGUCCGAAUAGUCGCAGCCUAAAUUAAGACAGGGCUAAUUUUAAAUUUAUUAUUAAAAUUAUUAUGAAAUCAGACAAGACAUGUCAUGAGAAAAUACAAAUUUCUACAGCCCUUAACUAUUUCGCUGCGGAACAACCCACAUUCACAUUGCAUUCAUCCGCCCUUCUUUAAAGCACGGACCAACGCACUCUGUGUUGUUUCAGUAUCAUGUUUGUUUCUUUGCUAUUUCUCGGUUAAAAUUUGUAAGAGCUAUUCUACAAACUUAUGACAGAAGGCAGUACUGUAUGCUUUGGUUGGUGUGGUUUGCUGAACAGCGCCUUCUAAUAUAAUAAAGCAGCAAUUCAACAGAGAUAACUUUUGUUUCUCUCUUGCAUUUUUCUUUCUUUUCUUUUUUUUUUCCAGGAGAUGAUGGUGAUGAAGAGGUUAAUGAAGAUUGGGAUCUUUUUUUUUUUUUUUUUUUUAAAAAGAAGAAAAAUAAUAAUAAAAAAAAUAAAGUUCAUUUCAAAAACACACGCUUCAUCCCCAAAGGCUCGAAGCGCGGUACAAAUUCAACAAAAAACAAAUCUAUAAUUUACCACAUUUAAAACAAACGCAACACUACAAAAACUAAUUACAAGCAUACAAUGGCAAAGUCUUUCUAGCCAUUUCAACCAUAAGCAACACAGCCAUUAUGCAUUAACUGGAAAAUAAGGUUGACAAUCAUCCCAGAAGGUGUUUGCGAAAUAGAUGUGUCUUUAAAUCGGUUUUAAAGGACUCCAGUGUCUGGUUGUUUCUGAGAUCGACAGGAAGGGUGUUCCAAAUUGUUGGACCAGCAAAUGCGAAAGUGCGCUUUCCGUAAGUCUCAAGGCAAACACGUGGUGUCGAGAGUUUGCCACUAUCGGAUGAGCAGAGCUCUCUAGUGGGUACAUAAGGCGUAAGCAGCUCUUUCAGAUAGGAUGGCGCCAGGUCAUGUAAGCAGCGGUAGCACAAAGUUGCGAUUUUGUACUCUAUGGGAGCACGCAACGGCAGCCAAUGCAACUCUCUCAGAUGUGUUUUUGCAUGGUCGAACUUGCGUUUGCGGAGAACAAUGCGAGCCGCAUUAUUCUGUGCUAUUUGAAUUUUAUCCAGGAGCGUAGCUGGAAGACCCACCAUGAGAGCAUUGCAAUAGUCCAUGCGUGAUAGCACAAAUGCAGACAUCAGCCUCUUUGUUGCAUCAAUUGUUAGGAAGGGCCUGAUGUGACUAAUCCUGCGCAGCUCCAGAAAAAUCACCUUGCAUAGCAUGUUAAUAUGACUUUCAAAAGUUAGUCUUCUAUCUAGGUAGACACCCAGGUACCGCACUGUUUGAGCUAACUCAAUACGCACACCUGAGAGAGUAAUGGAUGUAAAUACACUUAAGUCACCAAGUAUCAGCGGCUAUAAGGCUGAUAGCCGCACACUUUCUAGCGAAAAGUAUUCUAUUUUUAAUUUGGGACUGCCGUUCUGAGCAGUGCCAAUUAUUGAUAAUAUUGACCGUAGGGCCUAAAUAACAAACUAUAAGACUAUACUUAUACUCCAAUUAUUAAAACUCCAAUAUAUAUAUUAUAAUAAUGUACUUUUACACUGUCUUAGAGGAUACUCUUCUUCUUCUACUAUAUUAUAACGGGCGCACAAUCAUUUUAAUUGAUCAUUUUGGCUCCUAUGCAUGUAGAUGGAAUUAGUCUUUCUAUUAGUCUUUAAUAUUACUAUUUUCUAUUACUGACUAACUGUAACUUAACUACUAAUUUAUGGUCAAUUAAGGGACUGGUACCACCCUCCGUCCCCCCCUUUUUUUUGGGUAUUAUUUUUUUAAACAUUAAUUUACUGAGGCUUAAAUAUCUUAAUAAGCUACAUAACUUAUAUUACUUUAAUGCUAGCAUAUUAAGCCUAUUUAUUAUAUAUUAUAAAAUAUCCUGACAUUAGGGCCUAGGCACUUCGGUAAAGCAAAGUAGACUACUUCAAAAUUUGUAUUGGAAAUUGCAGUCAACGCAGAAGAAUCAUUAAAUUUUUGGCCUGCUGCGCUUUUUUCGUUGAUAAAAAGACUAUUUUAUCAUAAAAUUGUGGUAUCCUUUCAUAUGUUCACAAUAGGGGACAUCUUGACCUACAUUCCUACAUAUCGUUUUGCCUUUUUUGAUCGACUUCAAUUUUAGAAAUUCAUAGGUUUAUAUAAGGCAUCAUACAUUUUUCAUUUAUAUGAGAAUGAAUGUGCUGUGUUCAAAUGCUUUUAAAUCAUUGGUCAUAGAAAGCUUUAAUUAAUUCGCCAUAUGCAAAAGUUGAAAGUUCAAAAUAAGAAUAUAAAAGUUGUGUGAAAAUUAUCAUUUAAACGAGUUAUUGCGCAUGGCAGGAUGAGCAGAAUGGGGUCACAAAAUGUGGAGGUGCAGUCAAUAGUAAAAAAUCCAAACAUACUCUAAAAAUUAAUAGCCCAAAAAGUACUAAAGUUAGAAAGUUGAACUGGUUUCAUUUUUGUAUUUGAAGUAUGCUCUAUAUAUCUGUAAUAUUUUUAUAAUUUUAAAUAUUUUUAAAAUGAAGUACUUCCUUAGGCCUACCCAUUUUCGCUCCCCCACCUAUACUUUCCCUCAAAUGGUACCAUCUUUCAUCUUUUCUUAAAUUUUAAACUUUUAAAAGCUGUCCCCUUUAGCAUCAAAAUUAGACAGAAACAUUCUCCCUGACUUACCACUAACCCUCUAACCACUACCCUUACCCUGUAUUAUGUAACUAAGUGAGUAAGAAGGCCUCCCUUUAAUUUUACUACCAAAACAAACUGCCAUCACUCCCCUUUCCUCUCUCCCCUAACCAUCCCCUCUACCCAAAACUGCAUGCACAUCAUUGCCCACCCUCUGUAAACUAAUCCACUUACUGGUUCGCACUGCCCCUAAACUCACUCAUUACCCUCCCCAGUUUUCUUCAUUACUUGCUCCUGUCCCCUGCCAUACUCAUUACCCUACCCAGUUUUCUCAUAAAUGCCUCAGUUGGAGAAAAGGCUCUAAAAAUAAUUAUCUAGAUAUCAGCUCUUCUAUAAAUACCUGUAAAACAGCCCGGUCAAACGAAGCAUGAUAUCUAUAAGCACAUUGCUUCCUUAUAUCCCCACAAGACAACUACGUUCUUCCAUUGACAGUAGAACCCUCUCAAUCCCAAGAACUAAAACUAAGACCAUCGGUGAACGCUCCUUCUGCUUCCAUGGGCCCACGUUCUGGAACCAGCUCCCCUUCCAUAUACGUCAUAGUGAAACCUCGUCCAUUUUCAAAAAGUCCCUUAAAACUCAUCUGUUUAGGUCCGCCUAUGACCUGUGAGUCACCCUCCUUGCCCUACCUCAUUUUCUGUUUCGGGUUGAUCCUGAAGUGUCAAAGUGUCCUCGUUUUAUAGCCAUUUUCAUUGUUUCUAUAGAAUAGUAGUUACUAUCCUAGUGUCUCAUUUGUAUUUACUUAGUUUACAUGUUUUAAUAAUUGUAAAGCGCUUAGAGCUUUAUGAUAAGCGCUAUAUAAUCUGAAGUGUCAAAGUGUCCUCGUUUUAUAGCCAUUUUCAUUGUUUCUAUAGAAUAGUAGUUACUAUCCUAGUGUCUCAUUUGUAUUUACUUAGUUUACAUGUUUUAAUAAUUGUAAAGCGCUUAGAGCUUUAUGAUAAGCGCUAUAUAAAAAUGCCUAAAUAAAUAAAUAAAUAUCACAUUCAAUAAACAUAUUACAAUCAGAAUACUAUUAUAUAUGCAGCACUCAAAAAAACAACAAGACAAGAUGUUGGCUCCUUCACCAAUGCUCCAACAAUACAGCUUUUGCAACAUAUCAUUAUUAAAUUAAUUACAAUAAUCUGAAAACAAUAUUAAAAUUGCUUUUUUAACUUUCCCAAUCCAAAGAUAAAUACUGAUGAUGAAUCAUGAGGAUGAGGAAGACGAUGGCAAUAGAUUUGAAAUGGCCAUGGAAAUGAGUGAUGAUGAUGAAAAUCUUGCAACUCCCCCAAUGUUAGAACAAGGAGCAAAGGGGGGGAUUAACACCCUGCCGAUGCCAAUCUUUGAAAAUGGUCGCUUUCAGAACCCUUGGAGAACUUGGAGACGCCCAAAAGUUUCAAACAUAUUUAGACUCCUUUUCUGCACUAAAGAUGAUGGUAAAAUACCUAGAAAAAAUGUAAGAAAAGUUAUCAAUUUUAGUUAAAAUAUUUAUACUUAAUUUUUUAGAUUUCUUGUCUUCUAAAUGUCUUAUUUAUCAUCUUCAAAAUGUCUUGCAUCUCUUUUAUCAUAAUAUUAUGCACAUUGUCCAUUCCAAAUAUAUAUAUAUAUAUAUAUAUAUAUAUAUAUUCUUUCUGUAUAUGUUUAAAGUCAGUCCUAAUAUCUAAUGUUUAUUUAUUAACCUAAUGUGAAAAUGUGUCUUGUUUCAUGUAAGACACAAUCAUAUCAGACUGACCAAUUUAAAUAAAGAACUUUUAACAAUUUCAGGUGCUGGAGAGAAUGCUGCCUGUAUUAAAGCCAAACUUAUUGGAAUUUAGGUCAAUGCCCAUCUCAGGUGUUCGCCAUUUAUGGAUUGGGCACUCUACAUCCUUGGUUCAAUUUGACGGUGUCACUCUCAUAACAGACCCCAUGUUUAGCGAGAGAUGUUCCCCUGUUCAAUUUCUAGGUGUCAAGAGAUUUCGACCAGUCCCUUGUACCGUUGAUGAGCUGCCACAUUUAGAUUUCGUGCUCAUAAGUCACACGCAUUAUGAUCAUCUGGACUGUGGCAGUGUCAUGUCUUUGAAUCAGAAGUAAGAAAAUAGUCUGUUGAUAAAGAAAACUAUAAAAAAAAACAAUAUAUCUCCAGACCUGGUUACUUUUAUGAUUAUGGUGUACAAUAUACGAAUUGACAUGGCUUUUACCAUUGAUUUUACACCUGCCAGAACUACGAUUUUAAGAGACUAGUUUAAAAAAAUAUAUUUCCAUAGUUUUUCCAAAUAAAAAAUGUGGGGUCUGGGUUCUAGAUCUUUUCUUCAUCCUGCGGUGAAUGACCCAACAUUACAAUGGGUUAGGCACCAUCCAUAAUUAUAUUGGAUAUGCACUGAGAAGGAAAGAAAGGAGUGUGGGGUGAUGUUGACUUAGGAGUGUAUGGGAGGGGGUGGGGGGAUGUCAAUAGUUUCAAAGGAUAUAACAUAACACUGUCUCGUUUCAUUGUGAUGGGGAUCAUCACGAUCUUUGUACUGUCUUUGUGUUUUCACAAUGGACUGGCUAGAUAAAGUAACAGUAAUAUUAGUGUAGUGGCCCUAGUGAUACAUUUAGUCGACAUUCGCUUUUUCAUGCCUCUGGGCUGUAUGAUGUAAUUCAGUGACAUACUUAUAUCAUUUCGCUGAAUCGCUGUGAUUGAGAAAACAACGGAUAUUUUUUUAAAUUAUUAAUUUUUUUAAAAAUGAAUUCUCAUCUGCUCCACACAGCACCGUUGGAUUUUACUUUUUUUUUUUUUAAAUAUCUAGAAAGCAGCGGUACAGUUAAACCCACUUAUCUCGAGCUCAGUUAAAUCACCAACCCUAUUAAGUCGGCAUUUUUGAAGUGGAACUGCCAAAUUCUCUCUUUAUCUUAGCAUUUUCUCAUUGGUUAUGUUGAUUCUCUUGUUGCCGAACCCUAGUAUCUUGUCUGAGGGAUAAAACGCUGUAGCUUUUCUGUUUAUUGUUUUCCUCCUAAAAAUAUCUGGAGGUGUUAAGAGAAAACUGGACAAUCAGUCAAAAGAGAAAAAAGUAUGAAAUCAUACCUUAGCUAGAAAAAGAAACAAAACCGGCAGACCUUAGUUGUCAGCAUGGCAUUCCAGCAAACACCAUUUCAGGAUGGAAUAAGAAGGUGGAUGUGAUAAAGCAAAUGUACGAGACGUCUGUCUUUGAUCCAGCAAGAAGAAAACUUAGAAUGGGUGCGCACAAAGAUGUCGACGAUGCAGUGUUUCAAUGGUUCACAAAUACAUGAGCAACAAACCUUCCCCCCAAAGGUCCCUUGCUAAUGGAGAAGGCUGACAUCUUUGCUGCAUAAUGUACAUAAAGAAAUUUCAAGCACAUGUUAAUAUAUUGCCGCCAUAUUGAUUUUCGUUUAUCUGGAUCAUCGGUUAUCUCUGCGCUUUUUGGCAAACCCCUAAGCCGACAACAUAACCGGGUUCAACUGUACCCCAGUUUGGUUCCAAAACUUCUCCUUCCCUCUCCCAAAACAACUUGCAGUAGUUAUUAGACUAUAAUAUAUUAAUGGCAAAUAAAAGUAAGCCCCUAGAGUUAAUGUUGGGGUGGCUAACCCGAGGCCCGGCGUGUGUAAUAUUGCGGCCAGACAGAAGUAUCACAAAUGAACUUGUUUUAUUAUUCAAUUAGCGAUUAUUAUUAUUAGCCUUUAUUUUCGUGUUUGGUAUAAACACACAUUUGAAACAUAUUUGCAUCACUUUUGACGUUCUGCUCCAUUUUGGUGCACCAGCCCCAAUUUUGGACUGAUUUUUAAAAGAAUGACAUAUUAAAUCAACACAGCUAGGUAAAGGGAACCAAAUUUUCCAUGCGCAUUUCUUCUGUUUUUCUCCAAAUACAUGUAGAUUGCUGUGAAACUAAAUUCAGGUAUAUGCCAAAGUGCAUCCUUGUAUUUCGAAAUGUAAAAAAAAACUUUCUGGUGAGUGAGGCUUAGCUCCUUUUCCAAACCCCACCCACACUUGCACCCAGGUAUUAAUUUUCUGCUCCCCUAACCCCUCCUUCAUCAGUCAUAUGUUUUGGCAAAGUGACCUUUAGUUAGCAAAUAGUUAUUCUUUACAUUCAGUGGUGUAGCUAGGGCAGGGGUGCCACUAUUCCGGAUUCGUGAAGCUAAAUAUUUUUCAUUGUUUUUAUUUUCUCUCACUUUGAAUUGGCCAGUUCAAUUUAUUCAAAUACGGAAUCUGGGUUUUAAAAAAAAAAAAAAUCAGCGUGUAAGAACACGCCAAAGCCUAUUCAGUUAGAAGCGCGUUUGCUAUAAAUAGAACAGGUACUGCAACCUCUAGCUUUCGUUUGCAAGCACCUCGCUUCUUGCUUUGUCAAGUUAUUUUCUACAGGGUAUGAAUUUUAUGAGCUUCGUUGAGUUUCAGGGUUUGAAAAAUUUGUAAAUGCAGUCAGGUUUUAAAAAAUUUUUGGAAAGAGAUUUCAGAGUUCAUAGCUUUCAGUGAGUGGCAUCCAUGAGCUAGGGUAAGGUCCACCCAGGGUGCCCAAUAAUUUUGCCGCCCCUUUCAAAAAAAAAAAAAUUGCAGUUAUCCAAAAAUGCCACACCUCCAUAUAGACAAAAAAAGUGCUGCCUGGGCGGACUGCACCCAUUCCUACUGUAUCCUGUAUCUUUGUUAAUUUACUAUUAUGCAAUGAUAUUGUUCCAUUUUUAGAUGGGUAAGUACUAUUCUAAAGUAACCAGGUCUGCAUCUCUAUACUUAAAAGUUACACCAUAUUUUUAUCUACCUUAUACUCAUCUAAAAAAAAGAGCUAUCACUUGAUUUUAAACUGCUUUUAUUUCAAUACAUAAUUCAAAUAUUCGGUACUUGAAAAAUUUGAAUUUUCUGUCUACAGAUUUGGGGAAACUCUUCGCUGGUAUGUGCCAAUGGGUUUAAAAGAAUGGAUGAAUGACUGCGGCUGUAUGAAUGUUGUAGAGAUGACAUGGUGGCAGGAAGAUGUUUUUGAUGAUAACACUAACAUCAAAGUUGUGUGCACUCCUUGCCAACAUUGGGGGAAACGAACAACACAUGAUGAAAAUAAGGUUGGAUUUAUAAGAUCUAUCUAAAAGUAUUGUUAGACCAUAACAUUACAAGAAUCACAUUAUUGGGAACUGCAUUGUAGGUGGAGACACAUGUAAAUGCAAAUUUAUGAUUAUUUUUCAUUGAUGAUGCAUCUAGUAUCCAUGAUCAUUAUAUCUUCACAGGUCUUGUGGUGCAGCUGGUGUGUCAUUGGCCCAAGGCACAGUUUUUACUUUUCAGGUGACACAGCAUAUUGCAAGGUUUUUAAACAAAUUGGGAGAAGACUUGGGCCCUUUACUUUGGCUACAAUCCCUAUUGGUGCCUACAGCCCCAGGUAAUUUCUGAAUAUGAUUUAUAAAGUCAAUUACUAACAUUCUAACAGUCUUAAUAGUUUUAAUCUAUCUUUUUAAAUGAAAAGUCCUCAAAAUAUUAUUCAACCAGAAUUAUUCAUUCAUCUAAAAUAAAAUGCAGAGGUUUUAAAUCAUGUCUUUGCCUUGUAGAUGCAACCUGACUGAUUGAUGAAUCAUAUAGGAGCAAUACAAUGAAUGACUGAGACAUGUAAUUUGCAAGUUAUUUAUAACAAAGGAUAUUAAUAAAAGAAUUUAAAUCCAUUGAAAAAAAAAAUUAAAUUAAGAGUUGAGUUUAUUAUACAUUUUGUUACUCUCAGAUGAAUUAAUAUAUAUUUUGAUUUCUUUUUAAGAAACAUUAUGUCAAAUAUGCAUGUAGAUCCAGAGCAUGCUGUCUGCAUACACGAAGACUUACGAUCACAGGCUUCUAUUGGAAUCCACUGGGGGACUUUCUCUAUAGCUUCAGAGGUACAAACACCUUCUAGAACUUGACUUUUCCCACUUGUAAGACCAAGAUAAACACAUUUUUAGUUUCUGUACUAAACUAUAGUUUUAUGUCUGACACAGUCACAAAUCAGAUCAAAAAAGAUACUAAAUGCUAUCUUAUCAUCAUUCACUUCACCAGCCAUUCAUGGAACCAAAAGAACUUUUAGCAGCAGAAGUCCAACGACGCAACAUGAAACCAUCAUCAUUUUUUACUGUCAACCAUGGAGAGAUAACUAUUGUAGGUUCUGAUGAUUUGUAUGAGUUAGAUUAAAUAUUGAAAUGUUGCAGUAGAGCAGAGGUCCCCAAAAUUUUUUGUCUCGUAGACCACUUGCCAUAUUUUUCGGUUUUGGAUAGACCCCCCUGCUUACCUGAUAUUAAUUUUUUUUCCGCUGACAUGGACCCUUUGCAAGUUGUCGUCGACCCCUGGGGGUCGAUAUAGACCACUUUGGGAAUCUCUGCAGUAGAGUAUGAACCUUCACAAUGAUUUUGCAUUACAGUUGUGAACAUUUUAUUGUGAUUUAAAAUUGCUUUGACAAUUUUGCUUUGAAUCUAUUUAUGGUCCAAAUUUUUAGGGGGGAAAAAAGGUAUAUAAUUUAAAUUGUAAAGCAAACCAAAUAAAAGCAAUUCAAUGUGUCAUGAACACAUUCAUUAUAUUUUCACAAUUAAAAAUAUAGUUUAAUUAAUAUUAUCAUGGAAUUAUGUCUCUCCUCUUAGGAAUAAUCAUGGUUUCAUUUAAAUUGAACCUUACUAGACCCAGGGACCACUAAAUUUGAUUACAUUUCCUGAGGUAUUUUCAUCUAUUCAUUAAAAGGCUAUAUAAUAAAGUUCCAUUUUUAUUAUCAAUAAGUAGAGUGUCAAAAAUGUUUUUAAAAUCCAGCUACAGUAUAUAUUCAUUAAUAAGUCUUUUUGUUCAUAAACCGACCUCGAUCAGUUUAGGCCAGGAUAACCAUGAAAAGGGUGUAACUUGCUUAUAAUCCAACCCCAUAAAAUAAUAUGCCAGUACAAGCAAUAGAGUACUAAAGAAAAAAAAUGUUUAAUCCAAACUCUCAAAAAUAAUUAUUGUAAAAGUAAAAAGACUUGAAUAAACUGUAAAAUGAAUAAACAUAGAGUCUUAUGUAUAGCACAUACUACUUUGAUAUAUAUGGUAACCAAACUGUACAUUUUCAAAAAUAGGACCUAUUUUCUACAAUAAAAAUUUGCAAAAUGAGGACAAAACAUGUCAUCCAAUUUGGCACAUGGCCGAUUUUGCACACAGCUUUAUGUAGCAUGUGUUCAUUACUUUUUUCUUCAUUGUUUUCUUUAAUAGAAUCAAUUUACCUGGAGAAACUUAUAAAAAUCUCCUAUGAUCAGCUCAUAAGUCAACCACCCCACUUGUUCCCCUGAAAUAUUUUUUAAAAAGUUUGGUUUAUGAACCAGUAUAUCACUAGUUUUAAAAUUAGGUCAAUUGGCAUGACUCAAUCAUCUGUAUGUUUCUAUUAUGUCAUUAGGUGUUAUCAGAUGUAUGUAGAUUUUUUUAUGAAGAAGAUGAUGUUCAAAUAUGUCUUAAUAUGUUAAACUCACGAC